AUGGGCAGUAAUAGAUCAAUUCUUGAAGCCCUAGCACCUGUAGAGUACAACCAACAUAAUAGCAGAUUGAAAAAAAGAAUGAGGCUAAUUGCACUUCUGGCGUUGGCUCCAUGGCUUCCAGCCAUCGCCGCCAUCAACUACGGUUCUUUGGAAGGAGAAGAGGAAAGUCCUGUCAAGAGCGUUAAGCCCAAAGCUACCAAGAUGACAAGCAACUCCCACUUCCCAACUUCAAAGCCUAAUACCAAAAGCUCUUCCGUAAAAAUGUCGACUUCCACAUUAACCUCAAUGACCACACAGAAGACCAUUACAUAUGCGGAAGAUCCACUCACGACCGUGACCACGACGAACGAGCUCGGUAGCACAACAGUUAAGCCGUUAUGGUGGAUACCCAGCGAAGCCUCCACAGAUCUUGCUACAACGACAGCUACAGAGGCCCAAUCUGGGCUUGCCACCGAGAGUUACACAACUCACGCAGCACUGGCAAAGCAGGCUUCCUUGAGCAAUACGACCAGCGGUGUGAUCACUCAAUCAAACGCUGCGAAAAAUGCAAUGGCGAAUCUAGGUCUGGCAGGAUCCAUGGCUGUGGUACUCAUGAAUCUUAUUUAA